CAAGCUCCUCAUGGACAUGCUGGCCAGUGGGGAUGUUAACGCUGUACACGGCGCCAUGAGGGUCCUCACAGAAUUUACCCGAGAGGUGACAGAUAUACAGAUGCCGGAUGUUGCACCUGUCAUUUUGCCUCAAAUGUACAAGAUUUUUACCAUGGCAGAGGUUUACAGUAUUCGCACUCGAUCCAGAGCAGUUGAGAUCUUUACCACGUGUGCCAAUCUCAUCUGUGCAAUUGAUGAAGUAGCAAAG